AUAUAUCAGCAUUGAUAUUUAUAUACAUCAAACUCCAUUUCCAUCUCUUUUCUCUCCAUCAACCACAACAACAAAAACAAAAAGAGGAAAAAGAAAAAUGACUUCAACCCUUCAUCCCCACCAUAUCAACCACCAUACCACCACCACAACACUCACUGGAAACUUCCACAACCAACAACAACAGCCAACAAACAUCUCUGUCCCUGACAACCUUUUCCAUUACCACACCUACCCUUUGUCUCCCAACAACAUCAACAACCGUUGUUGCUCUGUAGUAGUCUUAUCUAUCUCAGCCUCCAUUAACACUGUUUGGUCCAUUCUCCGCAGGUUUGACAACCCACAAGGUUACAAAAACUUCCUUAAAAGCUGCCAUCUUAUAGUAGGAGAUGGGAAAGAAGUAGGUUCAUUGAGGGAAGUAAACGUUAUCUCUGGUCUUCCUGCUACUAAGAGCAUUGAAAGGCUUGAAAUCCUAGAUGAUGAGAAGAAAGUGAUGAGUAUUAGUAUAGUUGGAGGUGAUCAUAGGUUGAAUAAUUAUAGAUCAGUUACUACACUUCAUCGGACGGUGGAGGAUGAUGGUGAUGGUGAUCGGACGAUGGUGGUGGAAUCUUAUGUUGUUGAUGUACCACAAGGGAAUACUAAGGAAGAAACUAUUGUGUUCGUUGAUACAAUUGUACGGUGUAAUUUGCAAUCGUUAGUGCAAAUCGCGGAGAAUUUGGAGAAAAAUAAGCGUAUUUAAUUCGGCUGAGAUCUAUCGGAAGAAUUUAAGUUUUUAUGCAUUUUUGGUGUACAAAAUAUUUUAUACUAUCGGGUAAACUUGAUCUGCUAUUGCAAGUUAUCUAAUUUCAUUCCUUUUCAAUUUUUAUGUAAAAAAAUUGGGUAACCUACAAUAACAUAUCAAGUUUACGUGAUAGUAUAAAAUAUUUUAUGCACAAUGAUAAAACUUAAACUACUAUAGAAAAUAGCCUUUUGGGUGCAUUUUAUCUUCCGAAGACCUCACCUGUGUAAUUACGCUGGAUAUAUUGUUAGCUACUUGAGACUAUCUAUUGGGGAAAACCUCUCUCGCCAGACUUGGAUUGGAUUCUAGAUACAUUCUAUAUAUCCUCCAAAGAUAGAAUGUAAUUAUGCUGGGUAUAUGUUGUGGUUGUUGUAAGAGUAGUUUGCUAAAUCGAUCGUCAUGAUUAAUUUGUUACUGAUUAAAUCUUUGUACAUUUCUUCGAUCCACUUUUUUAUUUAUUUUUUUGUGAUGUUUUUUCAAUGUUUUGGAUGAUGGAUAAAUUUUGUUAUUGUACAUGGAAACUGAGAAGUGAAAGUUAGAUUUUGAAGAGGGCAAUUAAGGUUA